CUGGGAAGGAAGAUAGCAGCAACAAUAUGGCGACAGCCGCAGUUACUCCCGACUCUUUUCUACAUCUGCAGUUCAGUGACAGCUGUCUGGAUUUGUGUUAAUACAAGAAAAAAAGCCGGAUGUCUGGAAUGGAAAACGAAUAAAGAGGAAAUAGCUGCAGGAUGAAAACAUGGCUGCGCCCCUUCUUGCACCCCCAGGACCUGACAGCUUCAAGAAAUUCACCCCGGAGUCGCUCGCUAACAUCGAGAAGCGCAUCACUGAAGAGAAGAACAAGAAGCCACCUAAGCCCCGAUCGGACAGCAGUCAUCGCGACACAUCUGAUGACAAUGAACCUAAGCCCAACAGUGACCUGGAGGCUGGGAAAAGCCUGCCCUUCAUCUACGGCGAUAUUCCCAAGGGAAUGGUGGCCACACCACUGGAGGAUUUGGACCCAUUCUAUAUGAACCAGAAAACAUUUAUAGUCCUAAACAAAGGGAAAACAAUCUUCCGCUUCAGUGCCACGCCUUCCUUGUACAUCAUAAGCCCUUUUAAUCCACUUAGGCGAGUAGCUAUUAAGAUUUUGAUACAUUCGUUAUUCAGCAUGAUCAUCAUGUGUACCAUUUUGACGAACUGUAUAUUCAUGACAUUUAGUGAUCCCCCAGAGUGGUCCAAACAAGUAGAGUAUACCUUCACAGGUAUCUAUACGUUUGAGUCACUCACAAAAAUUGUUGCCCGCGGCUUCGCUAUAGAUGGGUUCACUUUUCUCAGAGACCCUUGGAACUGGCUGGAUUUCAUGGUCAUCUCAAUGGCAUAUAUAACAGAGUUUGUGGACCUUGGGAAUGUCUCAGCGCUGAGAACGUUCAGGGUUCUCCGAGCAUUGAAAACAAUUUCUGUCAUUCCAGGCCUGAAGACCAUUGUGGGUGCUCUGAUCCAGUCUGUGAAGAAGCUGUCGGAUGUGAUGAUCCUGACUGUCUUUUGUCUCAGCGUCUUUGCUCUGAUUGGACUGCAGCUCUUCAUGGGGAACCUGCGGCAAAAGUGUGUGUUCUGGCCAAUCAACAUGACUGAGCGCUACUUGGCCAAUGGCAGCAGGGGCUUUGACUUUGAAGAAUACAUCAUGAAUGAUACUAAUUUCUACUUCCUCCCUGGUCAGGCUGAUGCUCUACUAUGUGGAAAUAGUUCUGACUCAGGAAACUGUCCCGAGGGUUUUACAUGUAUGAAAGCUGGAAGGAACCCCAACUAUGGUUACACCAGCUUUGACAGCUUUGGAUGGGCUUUCCUCACCCUCUUUCGCCUCAUGACCCAAGACUUCUGGGAAAAUCUGUAUAUGCUGACUCUGCGAGCUGCUGGUAAGACCUACAUGAUUUUUUUUGUGCUGGUCAUCUUUGUGGGCUCCUUCUACCUGGUGAAUCUGAUCUUGGCUGUGGUGGCCAUGGCUUAUGAGGAGCAGAACCAGGCCACUAUGGAGGAAGCUGAGCAGAAAGAAGCUGAAUUCCAGGCUAUGCUGGAGCAGCUGAAGAAGCAGCAGGAGGAGACACAGGCUUGUGCUAUGGCGACAUCUGCAGGCACGGUGUCUGAGGCUGCAUUAGAGGAAGAAGGAAGGGGGCACUUGUCCCGAAGCUCUUCUGAGGUCUCCAAGCUGAGCUCAAAGAGUGCCAAGGAGCGUCGCAAUCGGAAGAAGAAAUGGCGUCAGAAAGAGCAGGAGAAAGAAAAGGGAGACAGCGAAAAGGUUGUUAAGUCUGAGUCAGAUGAUGGCAGCAAGAAAAGCACAAUUCGUUUUCCAGGAAGCCGGCUAGGGAGGAAGACGUCCAUCAUGAAUCAGUCACUACUCAGCAUCCCGGGCUCACCUUUCAUGUCACGCCACAACAGCCGCAGCAGCAUCUUUAGCUUCAAAGGCCGUUCUAAGGACGUGGGCUCAGAGAAUGAGUUUGCUGAUGACGAGCACAGUACAGUAGAGGAAAGUGAAGACCGUCGGGGCUCCCUUUUUAUCCCUUACCGCCGCAACAGCUACAGUGGCUCAUCCCGCAUCCACCCGCUGGCACCCCAUUCUGGAGGAAAGAGGAACAGCACGGUGGACUGCAAUGGCAUCGUAUCUCUCAUCGGCCCUGGGCCUGGCAGACGGCUUCUGCCUGAGACUACAGACUUGGAGAUUAAGAAGAAGCACUCUGGCUCUCUCAUGGUAUCUGUGGAUCAGCUGAACUCCUCCUUCAAAGGAAAAGACCAUGCCAAUAGUCAGAUGAGCGUAGUCACCAACACACUGUUAGAGGAGUUGGAGGAGUCUCAGAGGAGGUGUCCUCCCUGUUGGUACAAGUUUGCCAACAUCUUCCUCAUCUGGGAAUGUUGUCCCAUCUGGCUGAAAAUCAAACACAUAGUCCACUUGAUUGUCAUGGACCCAUUUGUUGACCUGGCCAUCACCAUCUGUAUUGUCCUGAACACUCUCUUCAUGGCCAUGGAGCACCACCCAAUGACUGAGCAAUUUGAAAGUGUCUUGGCGACUGGCAACCUGGUUUUCACUGGUAUCUUUGCUGGGGAGAUGUUUGCCAAGUUGGUUGCCAUGGAUCCCUACUACUACUUCCAGGAAGGCUGGAACUGCUUUGAUGGCUUCAUCGUGACUCUGAGUUUAGUUGAGCUCGGAUUGGCUGAUGUGGAAGGUCUGUCAGUGCUCAGGUCUUUCCGAUUGUUAAGAGUGUUCAAACUGGCCAAAUCAUGGCCCACCCUCAACAUGCUGAUCAAGAUCAUCGGAAACUCAGUUGGAGCUCUGGGUAAUCUGACCCUGGUGUUGGCCAUCAUCGUCUUCAUCUUUGCUGUGGUGGGCAUGCAGCUGUUUGGAAAAAACUACAAAGACUGUGUGUGUAAGAUCGCGGAAAGCUGUAAGCUACCUCGCUGGCACAUGAAGGACUUUUACCUGAUUGUAUUCCGAGUGUUGUGUGGGGAGUGGAUUGAGACCAUGUGGGACUGUAUGGAGGUGGCAGGACAAACCAUGUGCCUUACCGUCUUCAUGAUGGUCAUGGUCAUUGGAAACCUGGUGGUGUUGAAUCUGUUCCUGGCCUUGCUGCUGAGCUCAUUCAGUGCAGACAACCUUGCUGCCACUGAUGAUGAUGGUGAGCCCAACAACCUCCAGAUUGCGGUUGUCCGUAUAAAAAAUGGGAUUGCCUGGUUCAAGGCUAAAAUGCGGGUCGUUGCAGCCACAGUGGUCAAAAAGCCUAUAGAGGAUGAACAGAAGCCUCUGGAUGAAAUGUAUGAGAAGAAGCUCAACUACAUUGGAAACCACACAGUGGACAUCAACCGUGAACUGGACUAUGCUAAAAAUGGGAACGGCACCACCAGUGGCAUUGGGAGCAGUGUGGGAAAGUAUAUGAUUGAUGAGGACUACAUGUCCUUCAUCCACAACCCCAACCUCACUGUCUGUGUUCCUAUUGCUGUUGGCGAGUCGGACUUUGAAAACCUAAAUACAGAAGACUUCAGCAGUGAAUCGGAUUUGGAGAACAGUAAAGAUGAUGACACCAGUUCGUCUGAGGGCAGCACAAUAGACAUCAAGCCUGAUGUGGAGGAGGUGGCAGUGGUAGAGGUAGUGGAGGAGUACCUUGACCCAGAACCCUGCUGGACAGAUGAAUGUGUGGCCAAAUACAAGUGCUGUGAUGUUCCCAUAACUCAUGGCUGGGGGAAAUACUGGUGGUUCCUGAGGAAGACCUGCUACCUGAUUGUAGAACACAACUGGUUUGAAACCCUCAUCAUCUUCAUGAUCCUGCUCAGCAGUGGAGCCCUGGCCUUUGAGGAUGUGUACAUUGAGCAGAGGAAGGUAAUCCGCAUCAUUCUGGAGUACGCUGACCGGGUUUUCACCUAUAUCUUCAUCCUGGAGAUGUUGCUGAAAUGGGUGGCCUAUGGUUUUGUCAAGUACUUCACUAACGCCUGGUGUUGGUUAGACUUCUUUAUUGUGGAUGUGUCUAUAGUCAGCCUUAUAGCUAAUGCUUUGGGCUUCUCCGAUCUAGGCCCGAUUAAAUCACUCAGGACACUGAGGGCCUUGAGACCCCUCAGGGCCCUGUCACGUUUUGAAGGGAUGAGGGUUGUGGUCAAUGCCUUGGUGGGUGCAAUUCCCUCCAUCAUGAACGUGCUACUGGUGUGUCUCAUCUUUUGGCUCAUCUUCAGCAUCAUGGGUGUCAACCUGUUUGCUGGAAAAUAUCACUAUUGUUACAAUGAGACGGCGGAGGAAUACUUUCUUCCCAACGUAGUCAACAACGAAACAGAGUGUUUAGCAUUAAUUAAUGCAAACUACUCUGAAGUCAGAUGGAAAAAUGUCAAGAUUAAUUUUGACAAUGUGGGCGCAGGAUACCUGGCACUCCUGCAAGUGGCAACAUUCAAAGGCUGGAUGGACAUUAUGUAUGCAGCAAUAGAUUCUCGAAAGGUGGGCCAACAGCCCAUAUACGAGGACAACCUUUACAUGUAUAUCUACUUUGUCAUCUUUAUCAUCUUUGGCUCGUUCUUCACCCUAAACCUCUUCAUUGGUGUCAUCAUUGACAACUUCAACCAACAAAAGAAAAAGUUUGGAGGUCAGGAUAUCUUCAUGACAGAAGAGCAGAAGAAAUACUACAAUGCCAUGAAGAAACUAGGGUCAAAAAAACCACAAAAACCAAUACCCAGGCCUCAGAACAAAAUCCAGGGCAUGGUGUUUGACUUUGUGACGCAGCAGGUGUUUGACAUCUCUAUCAUGAUGCUCAUCUGCCUCAACAUGGUCACCAUGAUGGUGGAGACAGAUAAUCAGUCCAAGGAUACAGAGAAUAUACUUUACUGGGUCAACCUCGUCUUCAUUGUGGUCUUCACUGGUGAAUUUUUACUGAAACUCUUUGCACUGCGUCACUACUAUUUCACCAACGGCUGGAACAUCUUCGAUGUGGUUGUGGUCAUCCUCUCAAUUGUAGGAAUGUUUCUGGCUGACAUAAUUGAGAAGUACUUUGUGUCACCAACACUCUUCAGGGUGAUUCGUCUGGCUCGUAUCGGCAGAAUCCUGCGUCUCAUCAAAGGUGCCAAGGGAAUCCGAACUCUGCUCUUUGCCCUUAUGAUGUCCCUUCCUGCUUUGUUCAACAUUGGCCUUCUACUUUUUCUGGUUAUGUUCAUUUUCUCCAUCUUCGGCAUGUCCAACUUUGGCUAUGUGAAACAUGGGGCUGGAAUUGAUGACCUGUACAACUUUGAGACAUUCGGCAACAGCAUGAUCAUCCUGUUUAUGAUCACCACAUCAGCUGGCUGGGAUGGCCUGCUGCUGCCCAUUCUUAACUAUCCUCCAGACUGCGACCCCUUAUGGGAGAAUCCUGGCACCCCGGUCACAGGAGACUGUGGCAACCCUUCUGUGGGCAUUUUCUUCUUUGUUAUGUACAUCAUCAUUUCUUUUCUAAUUGUGGUCAACAUGUACAUUGCCAUCAUUCUGGAGAACUUCAGUGUGGCCACAGAGGAGAGUGCUGACCCACUCAGUGAGGAUGACUUUGAGACCUUUUAUGAGAUUUGGGAGAAGUUUGACCCUGAUGCCUCUCAGUUCAUUGCCUAUGCCAAGCUUUCUGACUUUGCUGAUGCGCUUGAACACCCACUCCGAGUCCCCAAGCCCAACACCAUCGAACUGAUCGCCAUGGACAUGCCUAUGGUGAGUGGCGACCGCAUCCACUGCCUGGAUAUUCUGUUUGCCUUCACCAAGCGUGUGCUGGGUGACAGCGGUGAGUUGGACAUGCUGAGGCAACAAAUGGAGGAGCGUUUUGUGGCAGCCAAUCCCUCCAAGGUCUCUUAUGAACCAAUAACCACCACUCUGAGGCGCAAGCAGGAGGAUGUGUCAGCUAGAAUCAUUCAAAGGGCCUACCGCUUCUACCUGGCUAGGCGGGGUUUUGUCUGUAAGCGCAAACCAACCAAUAACAAAGUGGAGAAUGGCGGGAACAAUCAGGAACAAGAAAAGGAGGGCACUCCCUCAACUGCCUCCCUGCCCUCUUAUGACAGUGUAACCAAACCUGACAAGGAGAAGCAGGAUGACAACAAUGAGGGCAAGGGAGAGAGAAAAGAGAAAGGAAGAAACCAAAAAGACAUCAGGGAAUCAAAAUGUUAAAGUGUCGGAUUAAUAAUCACAGUAAUAACAAUAAAAAUCAUAAUAAUGUAACUUCAGGCAAAGCGAGAAGAAACUCACCCACAGAUGGUACAGAUUAUUUUAUUUGCAAGUCAGAAAAAAAAAUGGUAUUCCCAAAUUUUGUUUACAGACUUCAUUCUUAUAUUGAUGCAGAGGGAAGCAGCUUGAAGACUCCUGGACUUCAGUCAAACUUAACAUAAUCAGCAUACUGUGUGACAUUGUAUCUAGACUACUGAAUGCAAAACAGACAUGGAAAUGUCUAUUGCUUACUUACCACUGGUCUACAGAUAAGGCAAGUAACUCAAAGAGGUAGAAUGAGUAACCGCUAAAGGAGUCCAGCGCCUGGGAGCAAGUAAUGGAUUCCUAUGGAAGACAGUGUUGUGUAGUAAAACAAGGAUGCUUCUUGAUGCUGAAGAAUUGUCCUCUCAAAGCAGCCAAUGAGUGGGUCUGCGUCAUUUACCACUGAAAUGUCUAGAGGAGAAAAUGGCACACACACUCUAAAAGCAAAGAGAUGGAAAAUGACAGCGCUUGGUGGAAGUACUUUUUUCUUUUAUUAAAGCUAGAAACUGUUAAUUUGAGCAGCAAAAAUGCAAACAAAUAAGAAAGAACAAUACUGAAUAUUUUGCCCAUGUCACUUAAACUCUUCUACUCAUUUUAUCUUUGUUAUACCCACAUCAGAAUGCUUUUUUUUUUUUAACAUGGGCUUUCACACCAGUUGAUUAAGGGUCUGUUUAUUGGGGUCAACUCGGGCCAAGGGCUUACAUUUACUCAGAACAUAAAUAAUUGUGCUUGUUCAAUGCAUAGAAAUGACUUGCAUGAUGGCAUGUUUUGAUCAGAAAUCUGCAUGAAUUAUCAUAGUCCACAAGACACUAAUACUUAGACCAUAACAGUGUCUCGGCUGUAAGAUCGAGACAUUGUCAAAAUUUGAAAGUUCAGAGUAAUUUGUUUUACAAAGAUAAGUGAUACAAGGCUGAUGAUCUCAAUGGAUCCAAAUUUUUAUCUCAUUACUCAAUGCAUUUUAAAUGGCUAUGUUUAAAUUGCUGCCUCCCUAGACAGAAGAAUGGAUGUUGGUAAAUAACGCCACCAUAGGGAGUCAGUGGGUGAAAUUCAAGCAGUUAUUAGGUGCUCUGGAGAUUUUGAAUGUGUAAAAUCUGGGAGCAAAUGUUUGUGUGUAUCAUGGGCCUGAAAUGUUUAAUUUGGACUGAAGAGUGGAACACUAUGAAACUAAAAAGCUUAUAUUUAUAAUUUGUAUGCACCUAUGUAAUGUUCCAUGCCAUCUGCUUUUAGUUGUGUGACUGGGCAUUUUGGGAUCCUAUACAAGUGAUAAGUGAUCUGUGGGGAUUUGACAGGUACUGUAUGGUGAACUUCUUUUUCUGAUGAUUCUCUGUUGGUGGUUAGACAUUUCUGAAAGGACCGGGAAGAAGUUUUUAUUACUGUUCUAUUUACAUAAUUUGAUCUCAUGUAACUUAUUUAUAUAUAUAUGUGUGUGUGUGUGUGUGUGGGGAGGGGGGGUUGUUAUGUUUAUUUACUCUGGUGUAAUUGUCAUGUUUUGUGGAUAAUGAGUCUUAUGUUACACUUUUAUAAGUCACAUCUAAGAUGACGUCGAGGGAAGCAGUCUCGUGCUGGAACAUAUUUGUCGGCUGUUAGUAUCCUAACAAGAAAGUGAAAAUUGUGAAGGGGUGAUGGAAACGUGUGUAGAGAAGCCAAAGAGAUCUGCCUUGUUACCCCUUAUUGCCCUUUGUCCAUGGAGUGGGAUUGGGUGAAAUAUGCCCUGCCCAUUCUGUUUUUUCACUGUCAUUACCAGACAGAGAGACCCUAGAAAUGUAUGCAAUGCUUGAAAAAUUCAUCCCUUUUUCUCAGGAUAUAAUAUACAUGUACUACUAUGAGCUCUGCAACAAAAUGCAAGUGAAUGUGAUGGGAGCGUUUAUGAAAUCAUGUUUGUCUGUUUUGUGUUUUAUGCCAUGUUGAUGGACAAUGAUCUUGGGUUGACUGCCUCAUCCUGGCAGCCACCCAGUCAGGGGCCAGGUUCAGUGCUUCCUGCUUAUGACACUUAGAAUUAUAGGGCUAGAUGCAUCUCAGUGAAACAGCAACAUUUUGCUCACAUGUAAUGGUGGCAUUUAUAUUGAUAACAGAUUACAUCUGUGAUUAAGUCAAUAUGGACUGCAGUCUGGUCUCAUUACAGUAAAAACAAUAGAAUAAAUGUUCACCCCAAAAGCAACUGCAGAUACAGGAAACACUGUAAGGAGAUGUCACGAGCAAAUUGGGAUGUGUUGGUUUAAGCAGAAGUGGCAUGCCUAGUUGAUAGGCCCCAGAUUUCAGAAAUUAACAAGUGCUCCGAGCCUCUCAUUUGUCCUUUUCUUCAUAUUGCUCUGCUGCAUAGCAAAUGACCAAUAGAGCACUGGGUGCAUUCUUGUGGUACUGUGAGCACCAGGCUCUACGGCAGUGCUUUUACACUUCCUGUUAUGCAGUUGUCACUUCCUGCUUAUAAAUAGCUCCCUCAUUUGUUCUCGAGUUCUACAGUCCAGUUACUGCAUGAGAUCUCCAAAAUCAGUGUGGGUGUUAACUUGAACCAAAUAAAACUCUGAAUGAUAAGCAUAAAAGCUACUGCCAUCCAUUUUCUCCAAGAUCACCAUGGGUAUACAGAAGGAAAUCUAAAAAAUAGACACAUUCAUCCAUUUUGGGGAGGGGGGGGAUGAACUACAUAUAGUUCAGGCUAUAUUCUACACGGCACAAACUGCAAAAGCUAAGAAUGAACUUUUUAAGAAGCUAUAAAUAAUGUAUUAUUUGAACGGCAUGUGUAGUUUUUUUGUAAAUACAGGAUUAUUUAAACUACAGCUAUUAAUCUAACUAAUUAUUAAUAACCAGAAAUAGAAUGGCUUCCAGCUGACACCCCUUGUCACACUUGUUAGGUUGUGACAUGUGUUAGAUAGAGUAAAUUUGUUUGAGUCACUUUUCACAAAAAAGAGGUAAGUAAGCAAAAAGAAUCUAUAUUAAAAAGAAAACAUGUAUAAAUCACUAUGUACUUAUACAGAGCUAUAUUACAUAUAUAUUAUAUAUAUAUAUAUUCUUUCAUAUAUAUAUAGUAUAUAUACAUUAGAGCAGUGUCUGUAACUCGGCUCUCCUGUCCACGUCUUGCACUGAAGUAAAACCAGAACCACUGAGAGUAACUGACCAUGCUUCUUUCUUUGUGUUGUAUGUUCAGAGAAUAACCAAACCUCUGGCCUGCCCAGCACCUCUGCAUACUGGGCACCAGCAUACAAUGCAUGGUGUUGUACUGGCUGCUUGCUGAGACUUGUGGAGCCUGCCUUGGUGAGAGGAUUGCACUACCAGCAUACCCUUUUGUACAUGUGCGAAGAUGUCUUGCCCCUAGUUUCCUAUAUUGUGCACAUAAAGGUAUACAGAUGCAGACAGACGUACACACAUUCAGCCCUUUGCAGGCAACGGCUGGUUCACCAGUGUACCCCAGUAUGAGCCACAGCUCCCUUUGUGUAACAGAUUUUUUGCUCGUUUCUCAUUUCAGCUCUAACCCCUGCUCCAUGUUCCCCCUUAACACACUGCUGCCAUUUGGAGUGGAUCUUUAAUUUUGCUAUAUCUAAUGGUUUAAGGGUUAGCUGUCUUAACUGUCUGUGUUUGGUUAUGGUGCAGUAUCUCUUAAUGGCACGUGCCUUUUAGCUUCCUAUUUAGUCUGUCAAUAAAAUCAGCAAUGAGGAUUUCAAACCUCAUGGGAGUGAAUCGAAAUGGAGCACGGUAGAAACAAUGUACUGACUUCAAAAUUAACCUGUAAGAUGAAAACUCACUACAUAGAUUAGAUUGUCUGAACUAACAUCUUGUAGUCGUGUAGUACAAGUGCUCUCUCUGUGUUCUGUUUACUGGUUCGUGGGCUAGUAAGAGAACAGCUUGCCUUUUUGAUUUUACACUUCUGUUCAUUUCCAAAUGUUGGUUUAACAAGCCAUCUAGGAGGCCAUUUGUAGCAUGACCGAUUAUUUUUAUUUAUUUAUUUUUUGCUGAAAACAGGCUAACUGGAAAAACAAGCCUUUUGACUGUCAUAUCUUGCCACUAAUACAGUGAGAGAGAGGAUAUGUGUUGCACAACCACAUGGGACAAAUACAUGAGAAUCAGUGAUGUCCGAAGAAUGUCUUCAUUUGAGCACGAAUAUAUUUCCAAACAAUAAAGCAG